GCGCUGCGGUCAGCCCUGCAGGUGGCAGCCCCCUACUCGAAGCCCAGCAUGACCUUGGAGCCCAACAAGGACCUGCAGCCUGGGGAUAUAGUGACCAUCAUGUGCUCCAGCUACCAGGGCUACCCUGAGGCCGAGGUGUUCUGGCAGGAUGGGCAGGGUGUGCCUUUGUCGGGCAAUGUGACCACAUCGCAGAUGGCCAAUGAGCAGGGUUUGUUUGACGUGCGCAGUGUUCUGAGAGUGGUGCUGGGUGCUAAUGGCACCUACAGCUGCCUGGUGCGCAACCCCGUGCUGCAGCAGGACGCUCAUGGCUCCGUCACCAUCACAGGAGCUGAGGACCAGGAUGGGGAUGGAGAAGGACCUAAGACUGUCCUGAGGCCUCUAAAACACUCUGAAAACAAAGAAGGUGAUGGACCAGAAAUAGCCUGACCAAAGGAUCAGGGAGCUGCUGCCCUUGCCUUGGGCUCCCCCCUCUGCCUGCACUGGGGCCUCUGUGUGAGCCCUGGGCUCGGGCUUCCUUGCCCCCAACAGAUGGCUCCCAUCCUGGCGAAUCUACUCAUUCUGCGGAGGAUGCGAUACAAGACCACUUACAGCCUCAUUUCUCCAAUGGACACGACUCCCAAGUCAUCCUGCUGCCUUAUUUCUUAUGGACACAAUACACAGACCCCACCACCUUGUUUCUCCAAUGGAUACGCUACAUGGACCAUCUGGCUGCCUUUUUCUCUAGAGCACUCAGCUUUCAGACUGACCCUCUGACUUGUUUCUCCAAAGACACGAUACAUAGUCACUCCUCACCUUGUUUUUCCAGUGGCCCUGAUACACUAGCUCUCACUUCUCAGACUUCCUCCCACCUGCCUGUAAUCCGUAUCCUCAGAUGGGGCACUGUAGCCUCAGUAUCGCCUUGAGUCUAGCGGUGUCUCCUCUUGCUUUCUCCCACGCUGGCCCCAGGGCCGGCUUUUCCCUCCUCCACUGAGUGAACACAGGUCCCCUCCCAGGCAUGCAGAGGCACAGGUGCACGUGCUGGAACACGUACAAGGUCCCCCUGGUCUGUGCCCUGUGAGCCCCCCUCUGCCCACCAUCCCCGCGGGAAGCACGUGCUGGUCACACUGGGUCCUGGGGAUCAGCUUCUGUUCCUCUGCUUUUCUGCCUUUUGCUUAUUCAUUCAAGUAAUGUUCACUGAGCACCAUGGGGGUUGGCACUGUGUUAGGUGUGGGGAACCCUCCCUGAGAAGACAAGCUGCUUCCUCAAGGACUUGUCCUUUAGCUGCAACCCUGUGAGGAAAUAGCAGUUCAUGAGAGGGACUCCUGCCUUCUCCCUGCUGUACCCCCAGCUACCUAGGUACCUCACCCCAUCCCAUCUCUGGUUCUUACUCAGAGUGGCAGGAGGUGGGUAGAAACCUGGAGAGAGGGAUGGAACCUCUCACUCUAACUGGUGAGAAGCUGAUGUCCCCAAAGUGUCUUUUCAGAGUGAGCAGGUGGGCAGUCAGGCAAGACCAAACAGACCCCAAGAGCCCAGCAAGAAGGAUGCCUGGGGCCUCGGCCAGGGGUACAGCCCCUCCUCCCUUCCCCCACCAUGGUGCUAUUCUGGGGCUGGGCAGACAUUUCCUGGCCUCUCUUUGGCCAGCCCCCAGCCUCUGGUAGAAUGAACUUCUGAUGUUCUCCCACUGACAUAGCUCCCUUCACCAACAGUGAAGACAUGGGGAUUUCUAAUUUAAAUGUGGGACUCUCAGGAAUUUCAUAAACUGGGGGGAGGCGGGGAGGUACUUGGGGGAAAAUAAAUGCCUUUGUAGAAAGC